AUGAGAAACCAAAAACUUAAAAGAGAUUUAUUUUUAUUCCGCUGUUUGACUGUAGCUAGAGACUGCGAGGGAUCGGCGUAUGACGUGGAUGAGUUUCAAUGCAACAACACCAGAUGCAUUUCCGUCAGUUACAAGUGCGACGCUGAUAAUGACUGUGGUGACGGUUCAGAUGAGCGGGACUGUCGAAGGACAUGUGACUUGGAUGAGUUUCAAUGCGACAACACCGGAUGUAUUUCCAUCAGUUCUAAGUGCGACGGUAUUGAUGAUUGCGGCGACGAAUCAGAUGAAAGAAACUGUGAGAUAACCACAACUUCUAAAAUUGACCCAACACCAUCUGUGACAUCUAUGGCAACGACGGCAAUAAUUAGCUUUACCACAGAGGAAAAUGUGUCUAAGACUGGGAACGGUUCUGGCGAAACAUUGAAGAUAACCACAACAUCUGAAAUUGACCCAACAACAUCUGUGAAAUUCAUGGCAACGAUGACAACAAUUAGCUUUAAAACAGAGGGAAAUGUGUCAAAGUUAGGGAACGGUUCUGGCAAAACAUUGGAAAAGAGGAAUUCAGUUGGACUAUCUGAAGUGAUUGGCAUUGUGACUGGUAUUUGUGUUGGGGUAGCGAUGUUCGUGCUGGCAGUUGUGCUUGUGGUUAAGUUGCGUUGCAAAACACGAGCACCAUCUCGGAAUCAAGUAGAAUCUGGAAACUGCCAUAAGAACCAAACAAAUCAAAACGCUAUUUAUGACAACAUGAUACGGACAGAGGCCGGGGGUAUCCAACUAAUGGAGUUAACUGAAACUAAACAUGUGUAUGGAAAGGUUUGGGAACAUGAGGAUGAAAACGCUAUUUAUGACAACAUGAUACGGACAGAGGCCGGGGGUAUCCAACUAGUGCAGUUAACUGAAACUAAACAUGUGUAUGGAAAGGUUUUGGACCAUGAGGAUCAAAACGCUAUUUAUGACAACAUGACACGAACAGAGGCCGGGGGUUUCCAACUGGUGGAGUUAAUUGAAACUGAACACGUGUAUGGAAAGGUUUUGGACCUUGAGGAUCAAAACGCAAUUUAUGACAACAUGACACGAACAGAGGCCGGCGGUGUCCAACUUAUGGAGUUAACUGAAACUGAACACGUGUAUGGAAAAGUUUUGGACUAUCAGGGUGAUUGUAAUAUUGAUACCUAG